GAAGUUUGCCUUUUCACCAAUUCGAUCUCUUCUGAGAACUCCAACACUCAAUUUGACAUAAAAAUGGAGAUUUCUCCUGUUUUUGGUCACCGGAUGCAAUCAAUUUUCCUUACAGUACCGCGACCACCACUUCCUUUUUCAAUCAAACCUAUGAAGAAUUCUCAGUCUCCAUCUGCAACUUCUGUUACUACUACCACCAGCAACAGUCUAACCCUUCGAAGUCAAUCUCAUGAUGGAACAACAGUUAAUUGCUCUCCCAAAUCCAAAGAGCACAUCUCGUUAUCCCGCCAAGUUAGACAGACAGCUAUUAUCGAUAUCCAACAAACCCCUGAUCUGCAAUUGGCUCUUUUAAGGUCAGGAGGUGUGCUGAAAGUGCAAGACUUCAAUGUUGUUAUGCGUCACUUGGGCAAACAAAAUCGAUUGAAGGAUCUUUCUCAGCUUUUCGAGUGGAUGCAGGAAAACAUGAAGCUAAACUUUGCUUCUUAUAGUAGUUAUGUGAAGCUCAUGGGGAAGAGCCUCCAUCCCAAUAAGGCACUGGAAAUAUACAAUGGCAUAGAAGAUAAGUUAACAAGGGUUAACCCAUCUGUCUGUAAUUCCGUCCUUGGUUGUUUAACUAAAAAUGGCAAACUCGAGAGCGGCUUGGAACUUUUUCGUCACAUGAAGCGAGACGGUCUAGUACCAGAUGUCAUUACUUAUAGUACGCUACUUGCAGGUUGUGCGAAAGUCCAAGAUGGUUAUAAAAAAGCGAUAGAGCUUGUUCAGGAGCUCAAGCACAAGGGUUUGCAGAUGGAUGGUGUUAUUUAUGGGACUCUGAUAUCUGUUUGUGCUUCGUGUAAUCAAUGCAAAGAAGCAGAGAGUUAUUUUAACCAGAUGAAGAUUGAAGGCCAUAUUCCUAAUGUAUUCCAUUACAGUUCUUUACUUAAUGCCUAUUCGGUGGACGGAAACUAUGAAAAGGCCGAAGAGAUUUUUAGAGAGAUGAAAUCAGCAGGAUUAGUUGCAAACAAGGUUGUUUUGACAACGUUAUUAAAGGUGUAUGUUAGAGGAGGUUUGUUUGAAAAAUCAAGAGAGUUGCUAGGUGAACUAGAAUCUCUUGGCUAUGCAGAAGAAGAGAUGCCCUACUGUUUGCUAAUGGAUGCUCUAUCAAAAGCCGGUCAAGUAGAUGAAGCUAAGUUGGUAUUUACUGAAAUGAAGAGAAAAAAUGUGAAAACAGAUGGCUAUGCAUACAGCAUAAUGAUUUCUGCCUUCUGUAAGUAUGGGCUUCUUGAUGAUGCAAAGCAAUUAGCAUCAGAAUUUGAAGCCAAGUAUGAAAAAUAUGACGUCGUUAUAUUGAACACAAUGCUGUGCGCCUACUGCAGAACCGGAGAAAUGGAGAAUGUGAUGAAAUUGAUGAAGAAAAUGGAUAGUUUGGCAAUCAAUCCUGACCGAAAUACUUUUCAUAUUUUGAUCAAGUAUUUCGUUAAGGAGAAGUUAUAUAUGCUUGCUUACAAGACUUUGCAAGAUAUGCACAGCAGAGGCCAACGACCAGAUGAAGAACUUUGUUCUAAUUUAAUAUUUCAUCUUGGUAAAACGGGUGCCCAUUCAGAAGCAUAUGUUGUAUACAAUAUGUUGAGAUAUAGCGAGAAACCAAUGUGCAAAGAUCUCCACGAGAAAGUUCUUUAUAUUCUCAUAGCCGGGCGUCUUUAUAAAGAUGCAUAUGUUGUCUUCAAGGACAAUGCAAGAUUCAUCUCUCGGCCCGCUAUGAAGAGGUUUGCUAGUAUGUUUAUGAGAUUUGGUAAUAUAAAUUUAAUAAAUGAUGUGAUGAAGGCCAUCCACAACUCCGGCUACAACAUUGGUCAGGGUUUGUUUUCAAUGGCGGUAUCACGGUACAUAGGUGAACCAGAAAAGAAGGAAUUGCUACUUCAAUUGCUAGAAUGGAUGGGUGGUCAAGGGUAUGUUGUAGAUCCAUCCACGAGAAAUUUAAUACUCAAGAACUCGGAUUUGUUUGGACGCCAACAAACGGCCGAGAUUUUGUCCAAACAACAUGUGAUGUCAAAAACACGCGAUACCAGUAAAAGAUGAACCAGAUGCCAGUUGUUUCCAGAUAGAUCUUUUCACACCGGCAUCCAAAACUAUAUGUUUUCUUUUGAAGUAUAUAAUAUUUAUAUACAGCAAAAUUGACACACACUGCUCACAUUUGAUGAGGCUUGCACCAUUGACAUCCAAGAAGGUUGGGUUACUGGAUACUUCUAGGCCAAUGAACCCUUGGUGAGAAGUACGGAUUCACAAGGCCAGCAUGAGAUCUGGGGUGUUGUAUGAAGCAUGGUCCGUAUUCUUGCAGGUCUGCGCGUUGCGACCAUCAUGAACGCAAUAAAAUGAAUACCAACGUAUGGUAAACAUUUGAUGGCAACCAUCAUCAACUGCUACUUUUGGAAAUGAAGUUCAUGAUGUGGAAGCAAGUCGAUUAAUUAGGAAGAACUGUUAUUUGUAGGUUUACUAUAGGAAGGAGGAAAGUGUGAUGUAAAAUGUUGGUCAUCUGUAGAAGCUGUUACAUGGUAUGGUAUACAAGAGGUUCAUAAAACAUUUAAAGGGUUGGUAUGUAGAUUUUUAAACCCCAAGGGCACUUUAUGCAAUUUAUUAUGGCAUCCAAUUUA